AUGGAAGCUGCGCAGGCAGGCGGAGCGGGAGCGGCGGCGGCGGCCCGGCUCGGCCAGGGGGAGCGGCCGGGCGCAGCAGGGGCAGCAGGAGCCGCCGCGGGGCAGCAGCAGCAUCGUCGUCGUCGGCGGCGCGGGGCGGCGGCGGUGGGCGGCGGCGGCUCUCCGCCGGAGGCCGACGGGGCUCCUGCAGCGGCGGCGGCGGCGGGCGGCGCCAACUCCCUCGUGUUGCGGCGGGGCCGGCUGAAGAGGAACCUGUCGGCCUGCUCCUCGUCGUCGUCCCCCGCGGCCGGCGGCACCCGCAGCCUGGACCGGCGAGGGCUGCCGGCCCUGCUCCCCCCCCCGGCGGCGGCGGCGGCGGCGGGGUCGCGGCAGCUGCAGCCCCUGCAGGCGCCCGAGCGGGACUGGGUGCGGCGGGACGUCCAGCGCGGCUGCCUCCAUGUCUGCUGCUGCCGCCGCCGCCGCCGCCCCCCCCCGCAGCCCCAGGGGGGCGCGCGGGCGUGCUGGCUGCGGCCGGUGCUGUGCACCCGCGAGACCCCCGCCGCCCAGCUGGCCGCCCGCCUCCCGCAGCUCGCCUCCCGCGGAGGGGCGGUGCGGCUGCCGGGCCAGGCACAGGCGGCGGCGGCGGCGGGAGAGGCGCGCUUCCCUCCCGGCGACGAGGACGACGAGGACGAGGAGGGGACGGAAGGAGAGCAGGAGGAGGAGCCCCGCCGCCCCCCGCCCGGCGGGGACGCCUCGACGCCGCCCGCCGGCCAGCUGUACCUGUGGGGCCCGCCGCGCUCCUGCCCCUCGCUGCCGCUGCUGCUGCUGGGCGCCUCCGAGCCCGAGAGCGGCUGCAGCCCCCCCGCCGCCCCCCGGCGCCGCCGCCGCCCCCCCCGCGCCGCCUCGUCUUCCUCGGAGGAGCUGGACGCCGACCCCGCGGAGGGGCAGGGGGGCGCGGGCAGCGGCCGGAGCCCGCGGCCCCCCCGGGAGCCCCCCGGCCCCCGGGGCCAGCCCUGCCCCGCCGCGCCCCCCCUCCUCUACGUGCAGCUGCCCGGCGAGCCGCCCCGCCGGCUGGAGCCGCACGAGAAGCCGCUGCAGAUCCAGCACGACUACCUCGCGCAGCUGGGCUUCCGCGGCCUGUGGCGGGUGCAGGAGGAGGGCCUGCACGCCCACACCGGCCGCCUCGUCCGCUUCUAUGCAGGAAAGCCCCACAGCAUUGGCAACUCCGAACGAAUUCAGCUCUCAGGAAUGUACAAUGUUCGAAAAGGGAAAAUGCAUUUGCCAGUCAACAGAUGGACAAGACGCCAAGUCAUCCUUUGUGGGACGUGCCUGAUUGUCUCCUCGGUGAAAGAGAGCCAGACUGGAAAGAUGCAUGUGCUCCCCUUAAUCGGUGGAAAGGUUGAAGAAGUUAAAAAGCACCAGCACUGUUUAGCGUUUAGCUCUUCUGGACCUCAGAGCCAGAGUUAUUACAUCUGUUUUGACACCUUCACUGAGUAUCUCCGGUGGCUCCGGCAGGCUUCAAAGAUCGCAUCACAGCGAAUAAGCUCAGUGGAUCUCUCGUGCUGCAGCCUGGAAAAUCUGCCUGCCAACCUGUUCUAUAGCCAGGACCUCACGCAUCUCAAUCUGAAGCAAAACUUCCUGAGGUUGAAUCCUGGUUCGUCAAAGAUCAGAGGUCUUAGUGAGCUACAGAGGUUCAGCAAGCUGAAGAGCCUUAACCUUUCUAACAAUCACUUGGGAGACUUUCCUCUGGCAGUGUGCAGUAUUCCAACCCUGUCUGAGCUCAACGUCUCCUGCAACGCACUCCGCAGUAUUCCAGCAGCCGUUGGUGAUAUGAACAAUUUGCAGACCUUCUUGCUGGAUGGGAAUUUCCUCCAGAGCCUUCCUGCUGAGUUGGAGAGGGUGCCUCAGCUCAGCUAUCUGGGUCUUUCUUUCAAUGAGUUCUGUAACAUUCCAGAAGUCCUGGAGAAGCUGUCUGCUGUGGAGAAGCUCUGUAUGUCUGGAAAUUGCAUAGAGGCACUCAAUUUGCAGACACUAAGGAGAAUGCCACACAUUAAACAUAUAGAUUUAAGGCUAAACGUAAUCAGAAGGUUGGUGUCAGAUGAUGCUGACUUCCUGCAUCACGUGACCCAGCUUGACCUUCGGGACAACAAACUAGGUGACCUCGAUGCCACCAUCUUCAAUAACAUUGAAAUACUUCACUGUGAAAGAAAUCAGCUGGUAACACUCAAAAUCAGCGGAUACUUGCUGAAAGCUCUCUACGCCACUUCAAAUGAACUUGUUCACCUUGAUGUGUAUCCAGUCCCAAACUAUCUAACUUAUAUGGAUAUUUCUAGAAACCACCUUGAGAGCCUUCCUGAGUGGGUUUGCGAUAGCAGGAAGUUAGAAGUCCUUGAUAUCGGCCACAAUCAGAUCCGUGAGCUGCCAGCCCGGUUAUUUUGCAAUAUCAGCCUGCGGAAGUUGCUUGCGGGACAUAAUCAGUUAGCAAGACUACCAGAAAGGAUUGAACGGACGCAUGUGGAGGUCCUCGAUGUGCAACACAACCUGCUGAUGGAGCUGCCGUCAAAUCUACUGCUGAAAGCUGACAGCUUGAGGUACCUGAACGCUUCUGCCAACAAACUGGAAAUGCUGCCUCCAGCCACUCUUUCAGAAGAGACCCGCAGCAUUUUGCAGGAACUGUAUUUGACCAACAAUCACCUCACAGAUAAAUGCGUGCCCUUGUUAACGGGCCACCCACACCUAAAGAUCCUGCACAUGGCAUACAAUCGCCUACAGAGCUUUCCUGCAAGUAAAAUGGCCAAACUUGAAGAACUGGAAGAAAUUGAUGUUAGCGGAAAUAAGCUGAAAUCCAUCCCCACAACCAUUAUGAACUGCCAACGCAUGCAUACAGUGAUUGCGCACUCCAAUUGCAUUGAAGUCUUUCCAGAAGUCAUGCAACUUGCUGAAAUCAAGUGUGUGGACCUGAGCUGUAAUGAGCUGACUGAAGUCACGUUACCCGAAAACUUGCCUCUGAAGCUGCAGGAACUAGACCUGACUGGAAACCCCAGACUCAUCCUGGAUCACAAGACCCUGGAGCUCUUGAACAACAUCCGUUGUUUCAAGAUUGACCAGCCGUCGGCCGGGGAUGCGUCUGGAGCCCCAGCGGUGUGGAGCCACGGAUUUACUGAGGCUUCGGGGGUGAAGAACAAGCUCUGUGUGGCAGCUCUUUCUGCCAACAACUUCUGUGAGAACAGGGAGGCUCUCUACGGAGUCUUCGAUGGAGACCGCAACGUGGAGGUCCCGUACCUUCUGCAGUGCACCAUGAGUGACGUCUUGGCAGAGGAGCUUCAGAAAACAAAGAAUGAAGAGGAGUACAUGACCAACACCUUCGUUGUCAUGCAGAGGAAACUUGGAACUGCAGGACAGAAGCUUGGCGGCUCUGCUGUCCUUUGCCAUAUAAAGCACGAUCCGAUAGACCCGGGUGGAUGCUUCACCUUAACCUCUGCUAAUGUGGGGAAGUGCCAGUCUGUUCUCUGCCGGAACGGGAAACCUCUGCCUUUGUCCAGGUCUUACACAAUGAACUGUGAAGAGGAGCUAAAGAGGAUCAAGCAGCAUAAGGCCAUUAUCACAGAGGACGGGAAAGUGAACGGUGUGACAGACUCCACAAGGAUUUUGGGAUACGCCUUCCUUCACCCAAGCGUGGUUCCUCGUCCUCACGUGCAGUCGAUCACUUUGACUCCUCAGGACGAGUUCUUCAUCCUGGGCAGCAAAGGCCUGUGGGACAGCCUUUCCGUCGACGAAGCGGUGGAAGCCGUCCGGAACGUGCCCGACGCUCUGGGAGCUGCCAAGAAACUCUGCACGUUGGCUCAGAGCUAUGGCUGCAACGAUAGCCUCAGCGCUGUGGUGGUUCAGCUCAACGUAACCGAGGACAGCUUCUGCUGCUGCGAGCUCAACGGGGUCCCUCCUCCCAGUCCAGGUAUCUUCCCCCAGUCGGUCAAUGUCGUCAUUAAAGAUAAGCCUUCCGACGGUUUGGGGAUGCCGUCCUCUAGCAGCGGGAUGGCCUCCGAGAUCAGCAGCGAGAUCUCGACCUCUGAAAUGAGCAGCGAGGUGGGGUCCACGGCCUCUGACGAGCCCCCUCAGGUAACUUUGAACGAAAACAGCCCAGCCUACCCCAGUGAACAGCGUUGUAUGCUCCACCCAGUCUGCCUCUCAAACUCUUUCCAAAGGCAGCUGUCCAGCGCGACCUUUUCCAGCGCUUUUUCAGACAAUGGCCUUGACAGCGACGACGAGGAGCCGAUCGAAGGUGUCUUUUCCAAUGGCAGCCGAGUGGAAGUGGAAGUGGACAUCCACUGCAGCCGAGCCAAGGAGAAGCAGCUGCAGGUGCCGGUGGAAGCCAGUGACGAAGGCAUUGUCAUUAGCGCCAAUGAAGACGAGACGUGCCUCCUCAGGAAGGCCGAUCUUUCCGCCCUGGGGACCAUCGGGCGCCGCCGAGGCAACGGCUCUGUGGCUCCUCAGGAGAAGAGCCACAACCUCAUUGAAAUAGCAGCUGAUGCGCCCCUCAGGAAAACGGGGGGUUACUUUGCUGCCCCAGCUCAACCAGAUCCAGAUGAUCAGUUUAUCAUCCCUCCUGAGCUCGAGGAGGAGGUCAAGGAAAUAAUGAAACAACACCACGAGCAGCAGCAACAACAGCAGCAGCAACAACAACAACAGCAACAACAACAGCGGCAAUACCAGAUCGACCAGCUGCCAGAUUAUUACGAUACACCUCUAUGA